CCGUACCGAUAUAGUACCAGCAUCGUACACAUAUAUAAAACAAACGCGCAAAAAUCAGUGUGUAAGGUUUUCUAUUCUGAAACCUACUCAUCGACAAAAUGUUUCUGGUUGAGACGUUGGUUUAUCUCCUUUUGACAAUGGAGCGCAUCAAAUCGCGAGAUUUUCUUAUCUUGUAUGAUGAUACCAACUAUAUCAAUAGCGUUUCGCACCUUAUUACGAAUUCCAAAUUGAAAAUCAAAUUUGUCUCGGGCGCAAAUUCUAGUCUAUUCGGGAUUCUAGAUGAGUUUUGUGGCAAAAGAGACGGCACGGUUAUUAUUGGUUGUCUGGGGAGUAGGAUGGAUAGCUACUUCGCGUUUCUUGCGCGUCGAUACCUUGUCAAGUUUAUAUGCGCAAGAAAAUCACCAUCGGAUACACCUCUUCAGGAUCGACCAUAUGUCACCAUUGGUGCUUCACCAGCCUCGAUUUCAAGUGUUAUCACACAACUGGUGGAGAAGUCGUCAACGACUCACGUCAUUCUUCUUGGAACACUGACACAACAGCGUGAUAUUCUGCCAUUACUCCUCACACAGAAACAAACUCGAGAUGUCUUGUGCUCUGCAUUACCUGGAAACUCAUCCCUGGACCUGACAAAUGCUUUGCGACGCGCAAAUUUUAAGAAAUAUCCCGUAUUGAUCGUGUUCCUAAAACGUUUUGUGACUUUCGAGGAUAGAUCCUUGAGGGACACCUUAUACAUUCUGCAACCACAUGUUAAUACAGUUGUGUUCGGGCCUGGCAAUAAUGUGUAUAAAAAUGGACUUGGAGGUGGGAAUCUCUUUUUUGUGAAAAUGAUCAUGACCUUGGAGACCUUGAUUAGGAAUGCUAUCAAAAUUUCGAAUGAAACAAAGACUGAUUAUAGCACUAAGAAAUGUUUAAACAGUACUUUGGAUGACAGAAUGCGGCAAGUGCAAUUAAACAGGUUGACCGAUACAGCUCAAUUGCUGGAAGAUUUUAAUGUCAAGCUUUCUUUAGAUGGACAACAAGACAAUACAGUCUACAGAGUGGAAAAAAUGCUGUCAAAUAACACCAAGAAAAUGGUAGGAAGUAUCCCAAACAGUCAUUUGAUGGGAACUAUCGAUAUUCAUUCACGACGCAAGUGCAGAAACCCGCAGACUUUGUGUGUUGUAGCGACAGAGAUAGACCACUUCGUUGGUUUGAAAGAGGUUACCGAUCCUCGACAAUGUUCCUUGUCCCACAUUUGUACGCGAUUCGUGAAAGAAAUCGACAACAGAACCCGUGAAGUACAGCAUUGCUGCUCUGGAUUUAUGUUCGAUCUGCUUUUAAACUUAGAGCGAGAUCUGGAGAUUAACGCGGAGGUUUAUCUUGUGAUGGAUGGGAGUUUUGGAACCUUCGACGAGAAAAAGGGGACAUGGGAUGGCAUGGUUGGAGAUCUAGUCGAGGGAAAAGCAGAAAUGGCUCUUACCACUCUUCAAGUGUCCUCAUCAAGGCAAUCAGUCAUCGACUUUGCAGACGCUGAUAUCGUACAACUCAUAGACAUCCUUGUCAUGCCUGUGAAACACACGUUCCUGUCUGUGGGAUGGUUCGGGUUUCUUCGCCCUUUCCAGGAUAUGUUAUGGGUAGUCUGUGGUGCCAUGAUCAUAGUCUUUGUACUUCUGGUCUGGUUGAUCGACAGAUGCAGCCCUUACGGCCACACGAACCAGGAUCAAGUCUUCACUCUAUGCGAUAGCUUCUCUUAUGUCUUCAGUUCCGUCUUCAAGAUAGGCCUUGAAGACGUCACAGCGCGCAGUCCAAGCGCCCGACUCACGUACGCCGUGUUUUCACUGGGAACCCUGGUCCUGAUCUCCACAUACACGGCCAACCUGAUGGCUUCACUGCUGCAAGAACGCUUUCAAUUUCCUAUCACUGGCAUCUUUGAUCCUAAGCUCCAAGAUACAAGCUCAGAUUUCCGUCUUGGUAUAUGGAAAGACACUAGCAUAGAGAUGUUGUUUAGGAGGGAUCCACGAUUUCGGAAGAUACGGGAGAAUACUGUAUUGGUAUCUGUGUACGAUGACUAUCUACGUUUACUGGACAAUGGAAAACUUGACGCAAUGAUCGCUACGAAUCCGUUCUUUCUUAAUGAUGCCGCCAAGAGACCUGGUUACGCCUACAAAAUCAUCGGUCCACCAAUACAAAUAUCCAGCGGAACUAUAGCCUUUGCAAAAGGUUUCGCAUGGAACGCGAGGAUUUCAGCCAAGCUGCGAGACUACCAAGAGAGUGGCUAUUUUCAGGUUCUUCAAAAUCGAUGGUUUUCACAAAACGCAAUGGGUACUCAGAAUUCGGUGGAGCAGAUAAAGAUUGUGCAUCUAAAGGGACUGUUUCUUAUUCUGCCGUGUUCUGUGGUGGUCUGUUUUGUAUUGUCAAUACUCGAGACACUUUACUAUAGAAAGCGCCGGCUGAUAACCUUUUAAGUAAUGCUCCGUGGAAGAACUAGGCAACCUAACGGCAAGUGCUAGCUGGAAUGUCAAAAACCCCUUUGCUAAUUCUAGAAAUUUGAUUGUCCAAGACAAAAAAAAUAUAAAUCAUAAUAUACAAAUAACGCAACACGAUUCAAUAUUUUCUUCCUGCAUGUUUAAUACCAAAAAAAAUCCGAGGUAGGAAAGCUAGGUAGAAAGGCUAUUUGCCGCAGGACAAUGAAAUUUGCCUGGGUCUUGCAUCACGUAAAGAAAUUGCGUCAUGGCUGUAAUACGAAAAUACAACAUGCUGUAUGGGAAUACCACACGGUACGGAAGGGACAACAGAGAUAGGUCCAAAUUAA